CAAGGAGGUUUGUGGUGGACAUGCGUCCUCCUCGCUCCUCUAAUACUCCCAAAUCACCACCAAACUAGCUAGUCCAUCCCAUUGCUCUCAACCUCCUUCCCCAUCCGUCCCUCCUCCCUUCUUCCUCCUAUCCAUUGGAGAUCUCCAUUGGAGGGAGCUCUACCUGGCCUGCCUGCUGCUCAUGCACUGCACUGCCGAUCUUGCUACCACUCCAAGCCCAGGUUCAUAGCCGACUGGCUAUAUAGCCCGUAGCUCCAUCUACCCACCGAUCGAGAUCGCUGCCAUCGUCAAGCCAGCUGAGAUUUGGAGUGGUUUUUGGUGCAAAGAUUACUUCCAAGUCAAUUCCUUCCCGUCUCCGCCGAUCCUACGAGCUACGUACGCCGAGAUUGGGAUGCUUGAGGUGGCCACGCUGCAAAGCCCUAAUCCGGCCGUCUUCAGCCUCGGCGACCACCACCAUGUCGAUGUCGGGUUCCCGGAGGCCACCGUGGAGGAGGACGACUUCCUGCUGGACUACAUCGACUUCAGCACGUGCGACAUGCCCUUCUUCCACGUCGACGACGGCGACGACAUCCUCCCCGACCUCGAGGUCGACCCGACCGAGCUCCUCGCCGAGUUCGCCGACGAGCCGGCGACGACUACGGUGCUGAGCCCGGCGGCAGAGCCGGCGCCAGACAGCUGCGAAACCCACCAUGGCGACGAGGCGAAGACGGCCGUGGAAACGGACCUACCGGCAGAGAUGGACAUGGAACUACCAGAAGGCAAGGGCGAGACGAAGGGUUUGAUGUCGUCGUCGGAAGAGAAAGAUGUGAAGCAGCAGCACGACAACAAGAACAACAACAACAACAACAACAACAUCGUGGGCGAUGAGGUUUGCAGCGCGGUGACGACGGACGAUUCUUCCGCUGCGGUCGGGUCUGAGAACAGCAAGUCGUCGGCGUCGGCAAAGGGGCACAGCAAGAUGACGUCGAAGCCCGCGUCGGCAGCCGCGGCGACCAAGAGCUCCCACGGCAGGCGGAAGGUGAAGGUGGACUGGACGCCGGAGUUGCACCGGCGGUUCGUGCAGGCGGUGGAGCAGCUGGGGCUGGACAAGGCGGUGCCGUCGCGGAUCCUGGAGCUCAUGGGCAACGAGUACCGCCUCACGCGCCACAACAUCGCCAGCCAUCUCCAGAAGUACAGGUCACACAGGAAGCACCUGAUGGCGAGGGAGGCGGAGGCGGCGAGCUGGACGCAGAAGCGGCAGAUGUACGCGGCGGCCGGCGGGCCGAGGAAGGACGCGGCGGCGGGAGGCGGCCCGUGGGUCGUGCCGACGGUCGGGUUCCCGCCCCCGGGGGCGAUGCCGCCGCACGCGGGGAUGGCGCACCACCCCGGCCAGCCGCCGCCGUUCUGCCGGCCGCUGCACGUGUGGGGCCAUCCCACCGGCGUCGACGCGACGCUGCCGCUGUCGCCGCCGUCCAUGCUGCCCGUCUGGCCGCGGCACCUGGCGCCGCCGCCGGCGUGGGCGCAGCAGCCGCCGGUGGACCCCGUCUACUGGCACCAGCAGUACAACGCUGCCAGGAAAUGGGGCCCGCAGGCAGUGACACAGUGCGUUCCGCCGCCGAUGCCUCCUGCGGCCAUGAUGCAGAGGUUUGCUGCGCCGCCGAUGCCGGGGAUGGUACCGCAUCCUAUGUACAGACCGAUCCCGCCUCCGCCGUCGCCGGUGCCGCAGAGCAAUAAGGUCGCCGGCCUGCAGCUUCAGCUCGACGCCCACCCGUCCAAGGAGAGCAUCGACGCAGCCAUCGGAGACGUUUUAGUGAAGCCAUGGCUGCCGCUUCCCCUGGGGCUCAAGCCCCCGUCGCUGGACAGCGUCAUGUCGGAGCUGCACAAGCAAGGCAUACCCAAGGUCCCGCCGGCGGCGACAACGAACUGCGGCGGCGCCGCCUGAGAGUACGUACGUCUCCACCACCACCGGCGCCGGAGCCGUCAUGCUGCUGCUGCUUCCCCCCUCUCUCUGGGUGACACAACUCGUCGACUACUCGUCCGUCUGCACCUACGUGCAUACGUAUGGCUGAUCGACCGGCCGGUUGGUCGACGUACGCGUGCGCGUGUAGAUUAAUACUCAUAGUUAUAAUAAUGUAUUGUCCUGGGUGUGUCUGUAUGAGUGCACUGACAUGGAUCUCUGGGUUUUUCCUCUCGUGUGCGUGCGCGCUGUGCGCACACACGAGCGCUGCGUCUAUAUUGUUGGGAUGGAACAAACUUAUAUUAUUGGACUGGUAAAUGAAUAACCAAUGAUGCAUGCAUGCUCCGUGUGGAAAUGCAAUUGCAUAUUUCUG